AUGAAUGCCUUGUGCGCGAAUGCGGUCUACAUGGAGAUCUGUAUUACCAUUAUGAAUUCAAACUUCACGAGUUUGCGUUGUCCUCAUUUGAAAGAAAUCAGGCCGUGCCAACCAGGACGACCGGCGAUAAAAAUUGUUGAUAACAUCCAGUUCCAAGAAUUGGUAAUUAUGGACACAAUUAUCUUCCCUCAGACCGAACUUAUCUUCGAAAUCACAGAAAAUCCAAAUCUACCUAUACCAGUCGUCAAUAAGCUGAAACAUGAGUGCGAACGUUGCAAUAUAACAGCCAACUUAGACUGUGGCCUGCAAGGCAGCACGUACACAAAUCAACAACUGGUCGCUGCUUGUGCGGGAAAGAAAAUCAUCCGCCCAGCGGAGGGGCACAAGAUCCAAUUCACUUCGCCCAAGGUUACUCAAUCACAAAUGAAUGCGAUUUGCUCGCAAGCCAUCUUCAUGGAGGUCUGUAUCGAUAUCAUGAAUUCGCAGUACACAGCAUUACAAUGCCCGUAUCUGAUGGAGUUGAAGUCUUGUCAGCCAGGACGGCCAGCUAUUCGCAUUGUUAACAACUUCGAAUUUGAAACGCUUAUUAUUCCUUGGCAAUUCAUAUUCCCAGUUGGAGAAUUGAUCAUCGAAAUCAGCGAUAACCCACGGCUGCCAAAUACUAUCAUCGAUAAGCUCAAAAUACUCUGUCCUGGUUGCAAAAUCACUGCUAAUCUCGGUUGCGGUCUCCAGAAGCGAACCUAUUCCGACAAUGAACUUGUUGACGCGUGCGCAGGAAAGUCGAUCAUAAAGCCAGCGCAAGGAUACAUUUUGACACUACACAGCCAUUCCGUGACCGAAGCGCAGCUGAACGCACUGUGCUCAAAAGCUGUCUACAUGGAAAUUUGCAUCACCAUUUAUCAUUCGCAAUACACACAACUACGCUGCCCAUAUCUGCGUGAACUCAGACCGUGCCUCCCCGAAUUUGCUCAUUCCACCAGUACAAUCUAUCCCGAGGGCAGUCUCAUUAUUGAAGUCAUUGAGAACCCAAUGAUUCCACUUACUGAAAUCAAAUCACUCAAAAAUUGGUGCAAACAGUGUAUCAUUCUUCCAGAUCGUCCACAAGGUUUAAAGAAAUGUGUAUUGGAAGAACGUGGAUACAAUGGUACGGAGUUGGUUAGCACCUGUGCCGGUAAAGAGCACAAUCAGGCGCGCACGAAAGGUUUGCCUGUAUACGCUAAGAUCCUCGGAGUAACUGAGAAGCAGAUGAACGAUUUGUGCUCGAACGCCGUUUAUAUGGAGAUCUCGCAUAUCGAUUCGCCUCAGAAUACACGAGACUACGCUGCCCUCGUCUACGAGAACUUCGGCCACAUGUUCCCAGGACGACCAACUAUCCAGAUUAAACUAACUGAAGUUCAGAGAGGUUCUCUAUCCUGUCACAGUGAUCUACCCUCCCACGAGCUGAUUACGAAUUACGGAAACCCCGUCCUGGACAUAACGAUCAUCACAUGGCUCAAGAAGAAGUGUGAACGCUGGCCUGGUGACGGCCAAUCUCGGAUGUUAUCUGCAGAAGCAACAUACAGUAAUAAGGAACUGGUCGGAGGAACAGCUAUACGAAUUGUCGACACUCCUACUGGAGACGCUUAUUAUUCCUUGGCAAUUUAUCUACCCGAAGGAGAUAAGAUCCUUGAAAUCCGCAACAAUCCACGACUUUCUAUUACAACUCAUCGAAAAACUCAAGAUACUUUGCCAGGUUUACGCCAUUGUCAACUGGAGGCUCGUACCUAUACUGACAAUGAGGUGAUCCAGAUUUGUAGUGGAACGGAAGUCAUUAAGCCUAUACAAGGAUUCCCACUGAUUGUGUCGUCCACGGACGUAACUGAAAAGGCGAUGAACGAUUUGUGCUCGAAUGCCGUUUACAUGGAGAUUUGCAUAUCGAUAGUUAACUCAAACUACAGGAGAUUACGUUGCCCACGUCUGCGAGAACUCCGAUCAUGUCUCCCAGGACGACCAGCUAUCCAAAUUGUAAACAACUUCCAAUUGGUAGAGUUCCUCAUUCCCGUCAAUGUGCGAUUCCCUCAAACCGAGUUAAUCUUUGAAAUUACGGAAAACCCUGUCCUGGACAUCACGAUCAUCACGUGGCUCAAGAAGAAGUGUGAACGCUGCCAAAUCACAGCCAACUUCGCAUGUGAUCUGCAGAAGCGAACAUACAAUAAUAAAGAGCUGGUUGCUGCCUGUGCAGGAAAGAAGAUCAUCCGUCCAGCUGAGGGCUAUAUGCUGGUGCUCAGUUCGUCAUCGACCACUGAAGCCGAGAUGAAUGCUCUUUGCUCGCAAGCCACAUUCAUGGAAAUCUGUAUCGACAUCACCAACUCGCAAUAUAGAGCGUUCCGCUGCCCGUAUCUGAAGGAGCUGAGACCUUGCCAACCAGGUCGACCAGCGAUACGAAUUGUGGACAACUUGAAACUUGAGGUCCUUGAAAUUUCUUGGCAGUUCACUUUCCCAGUUGGAGAUCUGAUUCUUGAAAUCACUGGUAACCCGCUCGUGCCAUACUUCAUCAUCGAAAAACUCAAGCGGCUUUGCCCUGCCUGCACGAUAACGGCUAACCUAGGAUGCGACCUCCAGGAACGACACUAUUCCGCCAACGAACUCGUUGACGCAUGCGCAGGAAAGACGAUUAUAAAGCCAGCCCUUGGAUACAUCUUGCAACUUGACAGCCGUACCACCACCGAGUACCAAAUGAAUGCCCUGUGCUCACAAGCUAUCUUCAUGGAAAUAUGCAUCACUAUUUCUCACUCACAAUACCGCCAGUUACGCUGUCCGAACCUGCGCGUGCUCAGGCCAUGCCUACCCGGUAUGCCUGCCAUCAUCGUCACGGAUAACAACUUCUUCGAAACUCUACUCAUACCGCCACAAACACUCUAUCCUCAAGGAGAUCUCAUCGUCAGAGUCACAGGAAAUCCACGACUGAACCAAUGGACGUUCUUCUCUCUGAAAACAUGGUGCAAACAGUGUGAUAUCGAGCUUCGCCCACCUACAACUAAACCAGUACUUCGUCAAUGCCAGCUACAAGCACGUCAAUACAGCAGCAAAGAACUGGUUCGAGUUUGUGCCGGUGCGCAAGUCAUCAAGCCAUACGCUAGGAUCCCUCUAAUGGUGGUGUCAAGCGAAGUAACUGAAACAGAAAUGAACGCAAUGUUCGCUGAGGUUGUCUUCAUGGAAAUAUGCAUAGUGGUAGUGGACUCAAACUUCAGAGCACUGCGUUUCCCACGACUACAAGAAAUUCGACCAUGCCGUCCAGGACAACCAGCCAUAAAGGUUGUGGGCAACAUUCUCCUCGAAGAACUGUAUAUUCCUCUGGAUCAUUUUUUAGCCUGUGACCUGCAAAGCCACACAUACACCAGCAACCAACUGAUCGCUGCAUGUGCCGGUAAACGAAUCAUUCGACCUGCGCCAGGCUACAUUUUGGAACUCAGUUCUGCAUCGACCACCGAGCAGCAAAUGAAUGCUCUGUGCUCAAAUGCUGUGUUCAUGGAGAUUUGCAUCGAUAUCACAAGGUCCCAAUACAAAUCGUUCCGCUGCCCGCACCUCAAGCAGCUGAGGUCCUGUAUGCCAGGUCGACCGGCGAUAAGAAUCGUUGACAAUAUUGAAUUGUCAAUACUCGAAAUUUCACGAUUUACAUUCCCUGCCGGAGAAAUGAUUAUCGAAAUCCAAGAAAAUCCACUUAUUUCGAUUACGAUCAUCACACAACUCAAGAGAAUCUGUCCCUACUGCUUGAUUAGCGCCAACCUCGAUCGACCUGCCCUCCAAGUGACGUACAACAACCUUUUGACGAAUAUUGUGAUGUCUGAUUCGCUCCGAGUUUGCAAGAAUUCGAAAUCACUGGAGAUUUUCGGCAAUCCAAGACUUUCCCCGACUUCCCUUGCAAACCUCAAACGACUCUGUCCUAACUGCAUUAUUCACUAA